AUGUUUGCCGCAAAGCUCGUACCCACGGUUCUGUGUUGUUUGAUUGUAACUGUCGUCAUCCGGGAUAAUGCCUCCAAAAUGACAUUUAGGACUGGGGCCUGCAAAUACGACAAAUCCACUUUCUCCAACUUCACCAUACAAAUUAUCAAAACCAAACUGAUGAUGGACAUGAUGCUGGUGACCACCCUGCGGCAGGGACUGAAGGCACACCUGAGCUUUGAGUUCCGUCUGUCCAAGGGAAAACCGUACCAGAGUGUCUACCAGCACGACAUGAACUACUGUGCGCUGAUCAAGGGCGCUCAGGAGUCGAUCUAUCGGCGAUGGUUCACUUCGAUGCUGAAAGUGGGAAACUUCGCCACAAGUUGCCCAAUCACCAGGGGUUACUAUUACCUUCAUGGAUGGACCAUUGAUGGGAGUAUUGUGCCAUCGUUUCUGUACCUUGGAGACUACCGAAUUGGGGGCACGUUCUUUUAUGGCAGGUUCAAAAGGCAGAUGGAGAAUCCUCUGCUGGAGUGUUCGGUGGAAGCUGUGUUGGACUGA